CUAGCUCAGCCCAGGAUCAGCCCCAAUUUCAGAUCAGCCCGGGCGGUAAAUUGGUGCCAAGCUCAGGCUAGCACUGGCAAUGGCAAUGGCAUUGACAUUGGCACUGGCACUGACAUCGGUGCUAGCAUUAGCACUAGCAAUAGCACUGGCCACGAAUACGACCGCCAUGGUCCCUUUGGUGCGAAUGGCCAGGCCUCAAGUCGAGAAUGGGCUGUACUGACGUGCAGUUUUAACCAGCCAAACAGCCAGCCAGCCAACCAGCCAAACAGCCAGCCAGUCAGUUAUCUGGUAGCUGACCUCAAUAACAGAGGAAACAAUUUAGGGACCCGAUUCUACAGUGCUGGAGUUCGUACAGGGCGACGCAAUGCUGCCGGAAGUCGAUGCGUGGCUGCACAACGGGACAACAUCAGAAAGCAUCCAAUUGAGGUGAGGCAUUCUAGUCUGGCCUAG